CCUCUUUCCUGAACAGUAUAUGAAAAUGACUUCCUCUAGUUGGGUUGAUUUGGGUAUCCAGCAUUUAUCAGAGUCUGUGUUUGCGGGACUGUGUCACAUAGUAGGGACCUCUGAACAGGUGACCAUGAGGAGAGAAAUACUAGACAUGGAGGAGAUUAUAGUAAAUCAAGUAAACUUUACAAGUAAUAAGCUUGCAGCGAUGUCUAGUGGAAGUUAUAGGGAAGGAUUCAGGCUACAGGGGUCAGCUAUGGACGCAAUGGUUUGGCCAAAGGACUACAAAAUAAUCUGGGACUUGGAACAGGCUCAGAAUUAUGAUUUAAAUAGAAAAACACUUAUUCUUUGUGAUUGUUCGGAAAGUCCACCUGGAUUUACUUUACUUGAGUUAUUGACACAGACUCACUGGGGACCUCUAAUGAAUGCAUGUAUAAGAAUCAAUAACAGACUCUAUCUAUCAAGUUCUAAAUGCAGACGCUCUUCCUCAAUCUAUAGAACAUGGUCCUUGUUGUAA